UCUCUAGGGAUUAACAAUGUGGUGUGUGCAUAUUCAACACGCAUUGCUCUUUCUGACUAUCUUGCUUCUUUUGGUGGAGGCUUCAUUGGGUCGAUAUAUCCCAUUUAAGAUUCCAGACGGAUAUGUGAGGAUAAGGUGGGACAUCAUGAAUGAAACUCGUGGUAGCUACUCAGCUAAUGUCACAAUCACCGACUACUUGACGAAUCACGACAUUGAAGGGCCAUGGGCACUAAGAUGGAAAUGGAACGAAGACGAAAUUCUGUUGAGCACUGUGGGUGUUAUUGGUACACAACUUGGGAAGGAAUCAUCAGUAGGUGACAAUAAGUGGCCUUUGAAUAGUAAUUUGCCACCACGCAGGGAGAAAGUAGUACCAAAGUGUUGCGAGGACGAUGUGAUUGUCCCGUGGUAUGGAGAAGCUAACCUUGAGAAAAGCUCUUCUUCAUUCCAAAUUACUGUUGGCCGAGUUGGUAUAGAAUAUUAUCCGCCAAAAUUUGUGUUCACGACACCAAGAUCAAAACUCAUGUGUUUUCCAAUGAUGCGAUUUACUAAUACACGGGGUUACUUGAAGACGUGGACAGCGAUGUGCGGUCUCUUCUUAGAGUUCCUCAAGACUGAUAACGAAGAUCUAUGAAGUUGUGGGGGCUGUUUGCAUCUUUUUAAUGUUUUCGUGCCUUUUUUUUUGCUAACAAUGAUUUCGUGCUUUAAUACUAUUUUUAUGUGUUCAUGAGAUUUCAUGUGAUGCGACUAUGAUAAUAAUUUGAUAUCAUACAAGAGUGCGCUAGUAUAGUGAUAAAGCCAGCAAAUGACAUAAAUAUAAACGUCAUUCAAAGAACAUUCAGAAGCAAGCCAAAUAAUUUAUUAUUAUCAGUUGGAUUAUCGGUUAGUCCAAAAAAUAUUUUAUUCUUUAAGAAAGGAAGCAUGUAUGGGCAUGGAACCUAUCAUAAAAGUGAAACUUACGACCAAGAAUUAUGAUAAGAUGACUUGAUGUGUUCACAUUACAUGGUAGUGUGAUAUUUUAAGACUUAAGUGCAUGGCACAUUGUUGUUUACUUUCUUUUUUUAUAACCAAGUAUCCUGGUCCAUAGAAAUGAUCAAAGACUAGAGACCCAAGCGAUCAAGGACCUAGUUUUUGCUGCUCACGAUGUGGAUCACCGUGAACGGUCUUUGGUCUCGGAUGCUGGAGUUCUGCAUGUGAAUUACUCGAUGGUCGAGAUUCGAACUUAGAUAGCAGAAUUCACAACCGUGAGUCCUUUACCAAUAGAGCUAGAAGUUCCGGUUAAAAUUCUUUCUCUGGUUGAGACAUUGUCUAGCUUUGUUUUUUUCCUCUCUAUCCGAACAUUCUUUCUCUGGGUUGAGACAUUGUUUACAACAACAAUCGUUGUUUCAAGUGCAUGUGCACAUUGUUGCACAGCUCUUAUUUCUCGUGACUUUGUUGCAAGUAGAAGUUGUUUGGUUGAACGUCCCAAAACCAAAAGGAUCAUAAUUCAUAAGUGCAUGUCAUUAUAGUUUAUAUGUAUAUAUAUUUUUUCUAACGAAGUAUGAUUUUUUAUGUGGUGAUACACGAUAACAUCAUGGUUAGAUCAGAAACAAACGAUUUAUCACGAAAACCUUACUGAGUUCUCUCUGAAAGGCAUAUAUCGUAAACUCUUGAAAUUCUAACAUAUCAUUUAACAAAUAUGAUAUAUUGUAAAUUAUUAGUAAGGUCACAUUUUCAACAACUGUUGUUCAACAACCUCUUAGUAGUGGGGAUAGCAACCGGAACGGGCACCUUAGGAUUAAGUUUGGGUCCACGCCUUGGAAGACAUAUCAAACAAAAAGAUACACCAACAAAACUUGCAGAUCAAGAAUCAUAUACAAAAACCAUAGUUCCAAGGUCCUCAAUAUAUGAAACGACCCAACAAA